AUGCAAUUCAUCAGCAACAGUUUGACUAGCAACACAUUUUCAUCCAGCAACAUCUUCAGCAACUGCAACAGCAACAUAUCACUACUGAACCAGUGUGGAUCCACUCGUCUGAUUGCAAACAACAGCAACAACAACCUAUCAUCUCCUAACAGAGUCAUCAAUCCAACGUCUCACAACAACAACAACUACAACAAUUCUCCUAACAUCGUCAACAACAACAACAGCAGCAGCAACAUUGAGUCAGAAUAUACAUCGAGUGCUUCUGUAGCACCCCAGGAAUGUGCCGGGUGCCAGAAGCCGAUAACGGACCGGUACAUGCUGCAGACGAUGGAACAGUUUUGGCACGAGGACUGCCUCAAAUGUUCCUGCUGUGAGUGCCGGCUCGGCGAAGUCGGAUCCACACUCUACACAAAAGCCAAUCUCUUGCUUUGUAGGAGGGAUUAUUUGAGGUUGUUUGGGGCCACAGGGAACUGCAGCGUCUGCAUGAAAGUCAUUCCAGCCUUUGAAAUGGUUAUGAAGGCUCGCGAUCAUGUAUACCAUCUCGAAUGCUUUGCCUGUCAACAAUGUAACCAUAGGUUCUGUAUUGGAGACAGGUACUAUCUGUGGGACAGUCAAAUCUUGUGUGAGAUUGACUACGAAGACAAGAUCAUGCUAUCGCGAAUCAACCACAAUAACAACAACAUCAACAACAACAACAGUAGUAACAACAUCAUUAACAACAAUUUCAACACCAGCAACAAAUUUGCCAUAGCCACGUCUUCAUCUAGCUCCAAAUCUAAGCAUAAAAUUCAACAGCAGCCUGCUAGCAUUCUGACGAAUAACAUCAACGGGGGUAACAGUAACAACAAUAACAUCAAUCCUAUCAUCAACAAUAACAACAACAACAACAAUAAUAAUAAUAAUAAUAAUAAUAAUAAUGGUAGUAAUAAAGGUGUUUCUGCUAAUAAUAAUAAUAAUAUUAAUAACAACAACAAUAACAUUAAUAAUAACAAUGCUAACAACAAUAGUAACAAUAACGUGCCUCGCGCCAGAAACGAAACUGCUACUUGUUAA